UCUGCACGCGGAGCCAGAAGUGUAACGGUAUCAGGAAAGGAUAGAAGUCUCUACUGUCUUUAUUGAAGCACAGACCAAUUACAUUUAAUUGAUUUCCAAUAACUUUUUGGGCUGUCCUUAAACUUUAUGUAGAUUUAUAUAAAUUCCACUUCAUGUUUGUAAAGAGAGGGGAAAAAGAAAACACAGGCCAAAGACAAGGAUCAACUUCGGAAACAUGCAGAUGUGGGAAGAGAAGUGAUGAGGAGAGGUGAAGAAGAGGACCUUGAAAUGAUUUAUUGUUAUUGUCUUCUCUGACAGUAACUGAGAAAGGUGUGUUAAUAGGAAUUAUUCUUAACUCUGAGUAGGCUAUCAAAGCAAGAAAACGGUUACUUAAGGGAUCUUUUGAGGAGCUCCCUUCAAAUUUUCAGAGCAGACAAGGACUCCUGGGACACCAGUGAUUAUGGCCAAAACCUUUUUCCUCAGUGUCCCACUGGUUCUCCUGGCAGGUUAUUUCCUAGUGGUUGAUGGACAAGCCAACAAGCCCAGCCAACCAUUGGUUUUCCCAGAGGUCCCAUCGCGUGCCACACACAAACCAGUAAUCUCCAGUAAAGAGGAGAGCCUGGUGAGGUUCAAUGUCAAUGUGUCCACUCCUCGGCGCAUUCGGCCUUUACCACCAAUGUGUUCGGGACCUACAGAGAUCAGAGAUACAUUUAAGUACAUCAACACUGUGGUCUCGUGUCUGGUGUUUGUGGUCGGCAUCAUUGGAAACUCCACGCUGCUCAGAAUCAUCUACAAGAACAAGGGCAUGCGCAAUGGCCCCAAUAUUCUCAUUGCAAGUCUGGCCCUGGGAGACCUACUCCACAUUGUGAUUGAUAUUCCCAUCAAUGUAUACAAGCUUCUAGCCGAGGACUGGCCGUUUGGUGUAGGUUUGUGCAAACUGGUUCCGUUUAUCCAGAAAGCUUCAGUAGGCAUUACUGUGCUGAGCCUGUGUGCUCUGAGCAUCGACAGGUACCGAGCAGUAGCAUCGUGGAACCGUAUAAAGGGGAUUGGUGUUCCCAAGUGGACCGCUAUAGAGAUUACACUCAUCUGGUUUCUGUCUAUUCUGCUGGCUGUGCCUGAGGCUAUUGCCUUUGACAUGAUCGCUAUGGAUUACAAAGGAGAACACCUUCGCAUCUGUCUCCUACACCCCAUGCAGAAGUCAGACUUCAUGAGGUUCUAUAAGUCAGCUAAGGACUGGUGGCUGUUCACUGUGUAUUUCUGCCUGCCCCUGGCUGUUACUGCCAUCUUCUACACUCUGAUGACUUGUGAGAUGCUGAGGAAAAAGAAUGGAGUUCAGAUUGCCUUGACUGAUCACCUGAAACAGAGGCGGGAAGUGGCUAAGACAGUGUUCUGUCUUGUGCUUGUAUUUGCUCUGUGCUGGUUGCCUCUCCAUCUCAGUCGUAUCCUGAAACUCACCAUCUAUGAUGAGAAAGAUCCCAACCGCUGUGAACUUCUCAGUUUUUUCCUGGUUCUCGACUACAUAGGGAUCAACAUGGCAUCUGUUAAUUCCUGUAUCAACCCAAUCGCUCUCUAUAUGGUCAGCAAGCGUUUCAAGAGCUGCUUUAGGUCAUGUCUGUGUUGCUGGUGUCUUCCAGCUGAGAUGUUAAUGGAUGACAAGCAGUCCUGUAUGAAGCUCAAAGUCACAGACCGAGCCUCUGACCAAAGCAACACGCACCCCACAAACAAGUACACCACAGCAUGAGAGGGACCCUGUGCAGUGUAAAGAAUUCAUCAAGGAAGUACCAGACAUAUGUAUGAUGUACUCUAAAGGUCAGUCAAAUAACCUGAUUCUGACUUAACCAUUAAGAGAUGGCCAUGAAAUGGGUCCUUAUUCAGGAAAUUAUGAUUUUAUUUUAAAUCAGUAGAAGAACAGAAUUGCCUUAAAGCAGUUGUUCCCAAUCAAGGAGGCACGCCCCUAUAUGGAGUGUCGUCAUGGUAGGCUGCAGGACCAUCCUCCAUUUGAGGGGUAAAUAAAAUGCUUUAUUGUUUACCAAUCAAUAACAACACAUACAUCUGUAAUAAUUUAAACUAACGGGAAGACAAAUCUGAUGCACAUUCAGUGCCUUGAAAGUAUAUUUGCCCCAUCAAAUUUUGUGCACAUUUUUUACAUAAAAAUUGUGUGGAUUGUAGUAAUAAAUAAGUAUACUGUAUACAUAUAUAUGUGAGGUGUAUGAUUGGUGCUUGUUUCAUUUGUUUGGUGUUCAAAGUAAUUAAACAUGCUAUGUGGAAAGGUUGCUCCCAACCUAACUCAACCCAAUGAAAGGGAUUAUUACUGUUGUUUGAAUAGCUUGGUAAACAAUCAGGCCUAAUUUGGGCUAGACCUGCACAAUAUAAAUCAGAUUUUGGUGGUUUCCGUCAGAGUGAAGUUGUCAGGACACAGGUUCCAAAGCCACAACAGGCCAUCUCUAAACACGUCUGGAAAACGCUGUUGAUUCGAAAGUUUGGGACAAUUGUGAAUCUUCCCAUGUCAAUCCUGCCAAAAUCUCUUUGAGAAAGUGUUAAUCAUCCAGUAAAUCACGAAUAACCCUAUAACAAUAUCCAGGGGACUGCAGGCCUCAGUUUUUGAAAAUGUACCAAAUAGAAAUCAAUAAAUUGCAAAUGUGCCUCCUCUUGGCACUUUGGUCUUGGCAUUUAGGCUCUAGCCAACAGACCAUCAAGGUCAUCACAACCAUGUGACAUUUUUCAUAAAUGAUGUCAUCUGUAGCACAACUGCAUGCUUUCUUCGAGUGGUAGUGGGACAGGCAUGUCAUUGUGUGACUCCCAGGUUACUCCGAUAUGAUGACAACGCAGGCCCUUUCACACCUAUUUCUGUCAUUUUACAGACACAAAAAGAUUGCACAAGGUCAAACAAACUCUGUGUUGACAUUCUAAAAUGGUUCCCGUGUAUUCUGUUAUUUGUGCAGUCCUGGCUUUUAUUAUGAGUCAGGUCAUUUAUCAGCAUGAAAUGGUUUGAUGGAAACCUGGCAAAAGAUGCAUUCCGGGAUUUUUUGGUUACUGGUUGUAAGAGGGGUGCCCAACAAAAUCAUGUUAGAUAUGUACCUACAGUAUCUCACAAAAGUGAGUACAGCCCUCACAUUUUUGUAAAUAUUUGAGUAUAUUUUUAAAUGUGACC